AUGUAUCACUGGAUAAGCUCUAAAAAUUUGCCUUUCUCACUAGAAGAAAUUAGAAGAACUGUUGAUUCAUGUAUAUGCUGCAGUGAAGCAAAACCUCGUUUCUAUAGAUCUGAAGGACACUUAAUUAAAGCAACUGCACCUUUUGAAAGACUAAAUCUAGAUUUCAAAGGUCCUUUGUCUACGGCUUCCAGAAACCGUUUCCUUCUUACUAUAGUGGACGAGUUUUCAAGAUUGCCUCCAGUUUGCAAUACCUUGUUUGUGUUUGCAAUACCUUGCCCUGAUAUGUUAUCUGCUACUGUUAUUGCUCACCUGAAAAAUAUUUUCUCAAUUUUGAGGAUGCCAGCCUACAUACAUUCUGAUAGAGGAUCUUCAUUUAUUUUCGUGAAUUAA